AUGGAUAAAGAUAAUGUAUCAAGUAAUGCUGAGAAAACUUCUGCAGACAAAAGCAGUGAUGACUUUGAAGGAAAUCAUGCUGGAGAUUCACACAAGGAUUAUAAAGGGAAUUCUGAUACCUCCUCAUCCUCAAAACCUCCCACUCCACCACCUCCUUAUAACCAGGUAAACGAAAAUGAUUUUGAAGAGAGGGCAACACUACUGCAGAAAGAGAAGAUACCUGAUGAUGUAUUGGCGCCAUCCACUUUAAAUUGCAAUUUCGACAGUUUUGUGGAAAUAGAGCAAUCAGAGAAAGACCUUAUGCAGCAUGGAGAAUCCUAUUCAAAGGGAAUAGAUGAGGACUCAAAGAAGGUUGAACGACAAAGAUUGAUCUACAAAGUCAGUCAACGACCUCCUUUUUACCUUCUUCUUUUCUUUGGACUCCAGCAAUGCUUAGUUGUUUUACCAUCAAGUGUCAAAGUCACCAUGUUGGUGUCAGAGGUGAUGUGCGCGCGAGACGAGGAGGAAUUCAAAGUCCAGCUCAUGUCUAUGAGUCUCCUUAUGUCUGGAAUAUGCACAUUUCUACAAAAUAGCAUUGGAUUCCGACUUCCUGUUUACCAAGGUCCUAUCGCUAUGUAUAUACUUCCGCUGCUUGCAGUUCUGGAUCUCCCUCAGUACGCAUGCCCAGACCGAGGGUCAUUUUAUAACCGGACAAUGGGUAACAGUACUGUUGGUGAUUACGGAGAAGAGAAUAUAACAUAUUUCCAAGCCGUUGUAGUUCCAAAGUUUUUAAAAAUGUCCGGGGCUUUAAUUCUUGCUGGAUUUCUUCAUAUGCUUGUGGGAUUGACUGGGACUGUAGGGUUUGUGCUGAGAUUUAUUGGACCAAUCACAGUCAUUCCUACCAUUCUCCUCAUAGGUAUCAACGUAUUUACAGUGGUGUACAGGUUCUGCAGUACUCACUGGGGCGUAUCGCUUCUCACCACCAGUAUUGCGAUUCUACUAUCCAUGUAUCUGGAUCGAUAUAACCUGCCAAUUCCGCUGUGGUCAAGGGACAAAGGAUUCCACAUCUUCAGAUAUCCACUGCAUCAAGUGUUUUCGGUAUUGAUUGCCGGAGGUGUAGGAUGGGCAAUUUCUGCUAUUCUUACGAAAGUUGGUGUGUUUAGCGACGAUCCAAAAAGUCCCGAGUUUUAUGCUAGAACGGACUCCAGAACGGCAGUUAUUGGGAAAACACCAUGGCUUGUAUUCCCGUAUCCAGGAAUGCAUGGUACACCAGGUUUCGAUGUAAGUGUGUUUGCAGCUUUCAUCACAGCUACAAUUACAUCGAUAAUCGAUUCUAUCGCCGAUUAUUAUGCGGUAGCCAGAGUGGCACGUGUUCCCUCUCCGCCAGUUCAUGCUAUGAACAGGGGGAUUUUGACGGAGGGCUUCAUGAGCAUGAUGGCGGGACUUUGGGGAGCAUCGCACGCGACAACUACUUUUGGUGGAAAUAUUGGAAUUAUCGCUUUAACAAAGGUUGCAAGCAGGAAUGUUUUCCAGCUACUGGGUGUUAUGUUGGUUAUUCUUGCUUUACUUGGGAAAGCAACCAGCGUCCUUGUCACCAUUCCAUACCCCGUGGUUGGCGGACUGCAGGUAGUAGGGUUCGGAUUUUUUAUUGGUCUGGUUUUUGGCAACCUUCAGUAUAUCGAUAUGAAUUCUACAAGAAAUCUAGCAAUCAUUGGAAUCUCCAUACUGUGGGGACUUAUCAUACCAUAUUGGUCAAAAUUAAAAGGCGAUGAAGUCUUCAAUACAGGUAAUCCGGAUGCUGACAACUUACUCAGAAUGCUAACAAGGAAUCCUAAUUUCGCUGGAUUUCUUAUUGCAGUCAUUUUAGACAACACUGUACCAGGAACGCUAAAAGAACGAGGAAUGACUGUAUGGCAAGCAGCUGACCAGGAAGAUGAGGAACAAAGCAAUAAUCUAGAGGAGGGGCGAGAGGUGUAUGAUAUACCAGCUCUAUCGAAAUUUCUGAGGAAAUAUCGGAUCACAUCCUACAUUCCGUUUUUACCAACUUAUAGCCCAAAGAAUUCUAAAAAGUCUAAUUGAAAUAAGGUGUCUUAGACUUUUUAAAAGGGUUUUAAUUAAUAUAUAAGACUUUAUUUAUAUCAAUUUCAUAUACAUGUAUAUGCAUUUGAAAUUUCUCGCUACCAGACCAGACCUUUCUUUGGGUAUCAACAUUUUUACCUUGACCUUUGAGUUUAACCUACUUUUGAAAAACUUUAAACUUGGACUUGUGCUGCCAUAUGGGGGCAUUAGUGUUUCACAAACUCAUCUUGUUUUAUCUUGCAAAUUUAUUGUGAUAAAUAUAAUAAAAAAACCAAAAUUCA